AACUAACUUUCAUAACCAUAUAGCCACCCUUAUCUCUCUUUCUCUCCCUCCUCAAAUACAAUUUCCCCAAUUUUUCAUCAAUUCUUUUUCUUUUUUUAAAAAUUAAUUUCCAGAGAGAGAAAAAAAAUGCAAGUAUCAGCAUGCAAUUUGUGGUGUAUGUCAAUGCCAACACAGAGAAUCACCGCUCUCAGUCGCCGUGAAAUUUGCAUAUCCUCCUCUCUUUGCUCCAACUCCCCAAACGACGCCGUUCCUCCCCAAUCCAUUCCCAUUUCAAGGAUAGUUCAGGAUCAAUCUCAGGAUUCUGAUGCUAUGCUGAAAAGGACUCUUGUGUCACCUACAAGACGCGUGUUAAUGGCGAGUUUGUCUUUGUAUUCUUCUUUCUGUUCUUCAAGGUACUUCUCAGCGCUAGCAUUGGGAGAUACAUCAGUAACACUUGAAGAAGUGACCCCUCCUGUGUUUUCUUCUGGUCCACUCUUUCCUGCAGAAGACCGGAUUGUUCAACUAUUUGAAACCAACACAUAUUCUGUCGUUAACAUCUUUGAUGUGACAUUGCGUCCUCAACUUAAUGUGACUGGUGUAGUUGAGAUUCCCGAAGGAAAUGGCUCUGGAGUAGUUUGGGAUGAAGAGGGUCACAUCGUGACAAAUUAUCAUGUGAUUGGCAAUGCCCUUUCGAGAAAUCCAAGCCCCGGUGAGGUUGUUGCGCGAAUCAAUAUUCUAGCCUCGGAAGGGGUACAAAAGAAUUUUGAAGGUAUACUCAUCGGAGCUGACCGUUUAAAGGAUCUAGCUGUCUUGAAGGUAGAAGCUCCUAAAGAUAUUCUAAAGCCUAUCAUGGUGGGGGAGUCGUCGUCUUUAAAAGUCGGGCAACAAUGUUUGGCCAUUGGGAAUCCAUUUGGCUUUGAUCACACCCUCACGGUCGGGGUUAUUAGUGGUCUUGAUCGAGACAUCUUUAGUAAAACUGGUGUAACAAUUGGUGGUGGUAUUCAAACUGAUGCAGCCAUAAAUCCCGGAAACAGCGGAGGUCCCCUUCUGAAUUCCAAAGGAAGCUUAAUCGGGAUCAAUGCCGCAAUUUUUACUCAGACAGGAACUUCAGCUGGUGUAGGAUUUGCAAUUCCAUCUUCAACCGUACGUCGAAUCGUUCCUCAGUUGAUUCAGUUUGGAAAAGUUGUUAGAGCUGGUUUGAAUGUGGAUAUCGCUCCAGACUUGAUUGCGAAUCAACUUAACGUUCGAAAUGGAGCUCUUGUUCUUCAGGUUCCGAAAAACAGUCUCGCUGCCAAAGUUGGGCUAAAUCCCACUAAAAGGGGCUUUGCUGGUAAUAUUGUCCUUGGAGAUAUCAUCAUUGCAGUUGACAAUAAACCUGUGAAGAGCAAAGCAGAGUUGUUGAAAGUAUUGGAUGAAUAUAAUGUAGGAGAUAAAGUAAUGUUUCUAAUUCAAAGAGGUGAUGAAAAGAUGGAGCUACCUCUAGUACUUGAGGAACAGAGUUCAUGAGAAAUCUAUAUGCAUUAAGAUAUAUUGUAAUUUGUAAUGGGUUAGUGGUUUAAUUACAAUGCAUUUUUGGUAAGUGUUUUUUUUGUUCAUUUUAAAGAUAAGUUUAAUCUUAUUUCUGGGCCAAAUAAACUUAGUUAGGAUCCUCUCCAUAGAAAACUUCAUUUGAAACUCCAUGGAUACAUUUGAAAAUAGAUAGACACUUAAAAGUUUAAAAAUAAUUAAUAUUUGUUUACUUCCCA